CUUUCACUCGAUGUUCGAUUCGUUCAAUAAAACAAGAAAAUUCCGGGAGUAGCAAGCGAAAAACUUUAACCAAAAUUCAAGCUAAAUUCCAAGUGAAAAUGGUAUCCAAAACGUCUUGUGUAACCGCCGGAGUCAUUCAUCUGAUUGGCGCCGCUUUCUUUGUGCCCCAGCCGCAGGACCAAUGCUCGUCGGCGCCUAAAUUGGGCAGCCUUUUGUUUCUCUUGGCCGCGUUGCUGUUUCUGGGCCACGCGCAGGUGAUUCCCAGACGUUACAUGCUAAUGGCACCGGGAAUCAUUAGCUUUGUGGAGCUGAUGUUCACCGUCUUCGUCCAGGAGUGGCUGAUGCACGUCCUGUGGUGCGGCAUGGAGCGCUUCGUGCAUCGGAUGGCGCGAAUCUUUUGCCAGAACUGCCUGUGGUGUGAAUAUGGUGUGGAGACUCUCGCCACCCUCCUCAUGGGCCUCUCAGCGUUGUAUGUAGUCAUCGAGGUCGUGUGCCCUGCGAAGGUAAAGGCUGCUGUGGAAAAGACCUUUGGCAGGGCCUUGGAUCAGCUGCACAUUAACCGAGGCAGUGGCUCGUUCGUUGAGAAGAUCAAGGAUUUUAGGUGCUAUGUCAGGGGUGCCAUAUUCUUCUUCCGCCUCACGAGGGAGCAAAGGAUGCUCAGCGUUCGCGUGUUUGAGGUGCAAGUGGAGCGCAGGAAGCGAGGAUUUGUGGAGGCAAGGCACGAACAGCAAGAUAACUACCAGGAAAUAGCUGCGGAGAAAGAGGAGGAACCUGCAGAGAUGCAUGCCCCACUGGAGAGCCAAAAACAGGGAGAAGCUGCAGAGGCUCAAGAAUCAUCUUCAGAGAUCCAGGAACCAUCCUCAUCGACCCAGAACCUGCAUCGCGAUAUAGAUAUCGAGAGUCCAAAGCCUCCUCUAGCGUUCCUGAGAGAAGAAGGACCUUCAGAGAUCCUCAACAACGAAGAAGACCCAGCCCCCGAGAGCCAAGACGAGCCACCUUUUGAGUUUUAAGAGCAACGAACUUGCUCCAGAGGGAUCCUUCCUUCAGAGAACCUUCCCAGAAAAGGAGCCACAAUUGUAAACCACAAAAUUGUUUAUUAUUUAUACAAAUUUAUGCCACAACAUCUGCUGUUGUUGCCCCAAAAA